GAAACGGCACAAUUUCCGGGUUCAAACGCGCCAAACAGAAAACAUUUGCGUGUGUCGUCUGCAACAUGUGAGAGAGGAGUGGACACUUGACAUAAACACGGGUUGUUAAUCGAUUCAAGAUGAGUAAAUGGGGAGAGCGGAUGAAGAAGGUGGAGCAGCUCGCUCAGUCCUUCCAGCUGAACCCUCUGGUCGAUCAAUACAAACCUCGGCUGUGGCCGUGCCAGCCGUCCUCCAUCUGGAAGCUCUUCCCUCGUCAAAGUAUGGCGAUCAGCUUCGCUCAGAGCUGCAAGGAGGCUGUACAUGUUUUUGCACUUGAAAAAGAAAAGACAUUCCUGGGUCAAAGGAUCUUCCUGGUGACCAGCUACAGUGAGCUGUGGCAUUACUACAGGACUUACCCACAGUCCUUGAUGCACUGCUACGAGGUGAUACCAGAGGGCGCUGUUUGUAAACUUUACUUUGACUUGGAGUUCCACAAGCCUUCAAACCAAGGGGCUGAUGGGAAAUCCAUGGUCUCUUCACUUAUCCAGUAUGUUUGCGAGAAGUUAAUGGAAGUUUAUGGGAUUGAAUGCUCUGCAAAAAAUAUCCUCAAUCUCGACUCCAGCACGGAGGACAAAUUCAGUCGGCAUCUCAUCUUUAAUCUGAAAAAUGCAGCUUUCAAAGACAACUUGCAUAUGGGCAGGUUUAUCCAUUCAAUUCUUCAAUCGGUCCUGAGCACACCCAAAAGCAGCCUGAGCGUUGGGAUGAAUUCAGAGGAGAAAAACUGCGAAACAGGCAGAGGGCAGACGUCUGAGAGUCCAGAGGCCAAGAGGUGCAAGCAGGAAGAGAGAGACCUCAGCUUCCUCCAGGUGAAAAACAAAGAUGGCCAACACUGUCUCUUUGUUGAUCUUGGUGUUUACACCAAGAACAGAAAUUUCCGCCUUUACAAGUCAUCAAAAGUGGGAAAGAACGCUGCGUUCACGGUGGCAGACGACAACGAGUUCAUUCACAAACCUGAGAAGGGAAUUUCUGCGGAGGAAAGCGCGUUCUUGGCUUCUUUAGUCUGUAAUAUAAGCUUCACAGGUCAGAGAAUUCUUACGUCAGACAUCCCUGAAACAAAGAAAUCCAAAACCUUGGGAUCUCCCUGUCAGCAGGAAUCAGCCACAGACCCAGUGGCAGGCUCACUCUCGGGCCACUUGUCAUCGCCUUAUCCAGAAGUGGACAACUUUGUAUUAACUGUGGUUAAAAAGGACGGCGUACAUGGAAGCAUCAGACGGUGGAACUACUUUGCUGCUGAACAGCUGAUUGUCUACGACAUCGCAAAUUACCGCUGGUGUGCAAACGUGGAAAGGUUUCACAAAAGCAACAACAUCAUGAUUGUUGUUGACCUCAAAGAGGAAGCGUGGUACCAGAAGUGUCUCGACCCUGAGUGCAGGAACUUCAGGUCCUCAAGCUACCCACUGCCACAGGAGAUCUGCGUCAGCUACAUCAUGACACUGGACGAGGAGGACCAGGCCUACUUAAUGGACGAUGCCGGCAACAUUGAACUCAGCCAGGCCUCGACCCCCCAGAGGACAGCGUGUGCAGAGCAGGGACCUGCAGACGGCUGGGGGGACGGGCAGGACGACCAGGACUAUUUACAGAGCCUGGACGACUUCGAACAAAAAAGCGGGGAUAUCCCUGAUCUGCUUCUGCUCAAAUGUAUGGCAGACUUUGACUCCCAUUAGAGGGUGAGUUUUAUGUUCUUUUUUUACCCACUUUACCAAAUGUCCUCCUAUUUAUAAUUGACCAACAGUAUAACAUGUAAUAAAGAGUUUAUAAGCCACUAUA